AUGGUGGCGAGCCCUGCGUGGCUCUGCCACAGAUCCAAGAGUUUCUAUAAUGGUGUUGCUCCCUUAUGGAUGAAGCAGAUUCCAUACACAAUGAUGAAAUUUGCAUGUUUUGAAUGAACAGCGGAAGCUUUAUACAAAUAUGUUGUUCCCAAACCAAGAAGUGAAUGUUCAAAGGCAGAACAGCUGGUUGCAUUUAUAGCAGGCUACAUACCUGGUAUUUUCUGUGCCAUUGUUUCACAUCCUGCUGAUUCUGUUGUGUCUGUUCUGAAAAAAGGACAGUUCAGCUCUAGAAGUACUGAAAAGGCUUGGCUUCAAAGGUGAGGAUUCAAAUGAUGCUGGAAAGGGUCUGUUGCCCAUAUCGUCAUGGUUGGUACGCUGACAGCAUUACAGUGGUUCAUCUAUGAUUCUGUGAAAGUUUAUUGCCAGAUUCCUCACCCACAUCCACCUGAGAUGCCAGAAUCUCUGAGAAUAAAGAAGAAAAAGCUUGGGCUUACUGAAUGA